GGCCGGACUGGGGUUCCAGGUCUUGCCUGUGCAGGAAAAUGAGGCGGUUCCUCAGACCAGGACAUGACCCUGCACGGGAGAGGCUGAAGCGGGACCUGUUCCAGUUCCACAAGACGGUGGAGCAUGGCUUUCCGCACCAGCCCAGCGCCCUCGGCUACAGUCCCUCCCUGCGUCUCCUGGCCAUUGGCACCCGCUCCGGAGCCAUCAAGCUCUACGGUGCCCCAGGGGUGGAGUUUAUGGGGCUGCACCGCGAGAACAAUGCUGUGAUGCAGAUCCACUUCCUACCUGGCCAGUGCCGGCUGAUUACACUGUUGGAUGACAACAGUUUGCACCUAUGGAGCUUGAAGAUCAAGGGUAAACUGUCAGAGCUGCAGGAAGAGGAGAGCUUCACGCUCCGAGGACCCCCAGGGGCCGCCCCCAGCGCUACGCAGAUCACCGUGGUCCUGCCCCAUUCUUCCCGGGAGCUGCUCUACCUGGGCACCGAGAGUGGCAGUGUGUUCGUGGUGCAGCUGCCUGGAUUUCAUGUGCUGGAUGACCGGACCAUCAGUGCCGACGCUGUGCUGCAGCGGUUGCCAGAAGAGGCCCGCCACCGGCGUGUGUUUGAGAUGGUGGAGGCGCUGCAGGAACACCCACGUGACCCUAGUCAGGUCCUGAUCGGCUACAGCCGGGGCCUCAUUGUCAUCUGGGACCUGCAGAGCAGCUGUGUGCUCUGGCAUGUCCUCAGCAGCCAGCAACUGGAGAAUGUCUGCUGGCAGCGGGAUGGUCAGUUGAUCAUCAGCUGCCACUCAGACGGCAGCCACUGCCAGUGGCCCGUGUCCAGUGACGCCCCGCAGCCGGAGCCCCUGCGCAGCUGCGUGCCCUACGGUCCCUUUCCGUGCAAAGCCAUUACCAAGAUCUUCUGGCUAACCACUAGACAGGGGUUGCCUUUCACCAUCUUCCAGGGCGGCAUGCCCCGGGCCAGCUAUGGCGACCGCCACUGUAUCUCUGUGGCCCAUGAUGGCCAGCAGACAGCUUUCGACUUCACCUCCCGAAUCAUCGACUUCACUGUCCUAGCCGAGGCAGACCCUGCAACCGCCUUUGACGACCCAUAUGCCUUGGUGGUGCUGGCCGAGGAGGAGUUGGUGGUGAUUGACCUGCAGACGGCAGGCUGGCCACCCCUGCAGCUGCCCUACCUGUCCUCCUUACACUGCUCGGCCAUCACCUGCUCACACCAUGUCUCCAACAUCCCACUGAAGCUAUGGGAGCGCAUCAUUGCUGCAGGCAGCCGGCAGAAUGCGCACUUCUCCACCAUGGAGUGGCCCAUCCACGGUGGCACAAGCUUGGCCCCAGCCCCACCCCAGCGGGACCUGCUGCUCACAGGGCAUGAGGACGGCACGGUGAGGUUUUGGGAUGCGUCAGGGGUGUGCCUGCGGCUGCUCUACAAACUCAGCACGGUGCCCGUGUUCCUCACGGACGCUGAGCCCAGCGAGGGCCUCAGUUCCCAGGCCGAGGACGAGUGGCCACCGCUGCGGAAGGUGGGCUCCUUUGACCCCUACAGUGACGACCCCCGGCUGGGUGUCCAGAAGAUUUUCCUCUGCAAGUACAGCGGCUACCUGGCUGUGGCAGGCACAGCGGGACAGGUCCUGGUGCUGGAACUCAACGAUGAGGCAGCUGAGCACUCCGUGGAGCAGGUGGAGGCCGACCUGCUGCAGGACCAGGAGGGCUACCGCUGGAAGGGCCAUGAGCGUCUGGCCACCCGCCCAGGCCCUGUGCGCUUCGAGCCAGGCUUCCAGCCCUUUGUGCUGGUGCAGUGCCAGCCCCCGGCCGUGGUCACCUCCUUGGCCCUGCACUCUGAAUGGCGGCUCGUGGCCUUUGGCACCAGCCACGGCUUCGGCCUAUUCGACCACCAGCAGCAGCGACUUGUCUUCGUCAAGUGCACGCUUCAUCCCAAUGACCAGCUGGCCCUGGAGGGCCCACUGUCCCGCGUCAAGUCCCUCAAGAAGUCUCUGCGCCAGUCAUUCCGCCGCAUGCGCCGGAGCAGAGUAUCUGGCCGGAAGCGGCAGCCAACUGGCUCCCCGGGAGAGGCACAGGCGGGGGUCCCCAAAGCCGAGCGGCCUGGCCUGCAGAACAUGGAGCUGGCACCAGUGCAGCGCAAGAUCGAGGCCCGCUCGGCUGAGGAUUCUUUCACGGGCUUCGUCCGUACUCUCUACUUCGCCGACACUUUCCUGAAGGAUAGCUCACGCCACUGCCCCUCACUGUGGGCUGGCACCAACGGAGGCACUGUCUAUGCCUACUCCCUGCGGGUGCCCCCCGCCGAACGGAGGAUGGAUGAGCCAGUGCGGGCGGAACAGGCCAAGGAGAUCCAGCUGAUGCACCGGGCACCCGUGGUAGGCAUCCUGGUGCUUGACGGACACAACGUUCCGCUCCCUGAGCCCCUGGAAGUGGCCCAUGACCUGUCCAAGAGCCCGGACAUGCAGGGGAGCCACCAGCUGCUUGUGGUGUCAGAGGAACAGUUCAAGGUCUUCACACUACCCAAGGUGAGCGCUAAGCUGAAGCUGAAGCUGACGGCCCUAGAGGGCUCCCGGGUGCGGCGCGUCAGCGUGUCCCACUUCAGCAGCUGCAGGGCCGAGGACUACGGCGAGCAUCACCUGGUCGUGCUCACCAACCUGGGUGACAUCCAGGUGGUCUCGCUGCCCCUGCUCAAGCCACAGGUGCGCUACAGCUGCAUCCGCCGUGAGGACGUAAGCGGCAUCGCCUCCUGUGUCUUCACCAAACAGGGCCAAGGCUUCUACCUGAUCUCGCCCUCUGAGUUCGAACGCUUCUCUCUGUCCACCAAGUGGCUGGUUGAGCCCCGCUGUGUGGUGGGGUCUGUAGAUGCCAAGAGUCACAGUCCACCCGGCAACGGGGCUGGCCUGGAGCGGGCGCUGGGUCAAGCCAGGAACUCGGAGAGCCAGAGUGAUGUGGAAGAGACAUCGUCAAGCCCAGUGAUGGAGCAGGCACUGCUGAGUGAUGAGCGAGUCCUGAGGGAGAUUCGGAGCACACUGGAGGGUGACCGGGGGAGCAGUGGCCCCUGGCGUCCUCACCGAGCAGCCAUGGCACACAGCCUCUGCGGAGGAGGAGAAUGAGUGUGGUGUGCAGGCAGUAUGGAGGCUACAUCACAAGCACACACUACUGAGGGCUGUUCCUGGGCCAGGCCCGGGCGUGGGGCCAGGCCCGCCCCUGCUGCUACUGCUCCUGGCCUGAAGGAGGAGCGUCCCAAGCCCCUGGGGCCACCCCUGCCAGGCCUGGCCUGUCAGGUUCCUGGGUCAAAGCUGCAGUUUUAAUCCUUUCCAUUCCCCUUUUGUAGUGGGCUGGGUUUUAAAUUAUAUACCUCACCACCUCUGGGUGAGACCAUUUUUAAUAAAUACCUUAUUACCUCUUCA